CUUCCCCUGAUGAGUACAAAACCGUGAAUUGCGUUCGCGAUUUAGACCGUGCCAUUAAUUCCGGUGAAUCAUGAGCUCUGAUUGGCAAGGACGCUGGUGUCAUGUACAGAAAUUUCUUGAAAGAACAGGACCUUUUGCUCACCCUGACUUUGAGCCAAGCACUGAAACUCUUGGUUUCUUACAAGAAACAUGCAAAUUACUUAUCAUAGGAGCAGGAGGUCUUGGAUGUGAACUUCUAAAAGAUCUGGCUUUACUUGGUUUCAAGAAUAUAGACAUCAUUGACAUGGACACAAUUGAUGUAUCUAAUCUGAAUAGGCAGUUCUUAUUUAGAGCGAAGGACGUAGGAAGACCAAAAGCUGAAGUUGCAGCAGAUUUUAUCAAUACACGAAUACCAGGGGCAAACGUCACACCUCAUUAUGCCAAAAUACAAGAUUAUGAUGAGUCAUUCUACAGAGGUUUUCAUAUAGUUGUGUGUGGUUUAGAUUCUAUUGUAGCCAGAAGAUGGAUCAAUGGAAUGUUGGUAAGCAUGUUACAGUAUGAAGAUGGAGAACUUCAACAAGAGAGUCUUAUACCGAUGGUUGACGGAGGUACAGAGGGAUUUAAAGGCAACGCACGUGUAAUACUGCCAGGAAUGACAGCUUGUGUAGAAUGUACGCUUGAUUUAUAUCCACCUCAGGUUAAUUUCCCACUAUGUACUAUAGCCCACACCCCAAGAUUACCUGAACAUUGUAUAGAAUAUGUUAGAAUAUUACUGUGGCCAAAGGAAGAACCAUUUGGAGAGGGGGUGGCUAUAGACGGAGAUGACCCAAAACAUAUAAAAUGGAUCAUGGAAAAAUCUGUAGAAAGAGCAAAUGAGUUUAAUAUUACUGGUAUUACAUACAGACUUACUCAAGGUGUUGUAAAGAGAAUUAUACCAGCAGUAGCAUCAACUAAUGCUGUCAUUGCAGCUGCUUGUGCAACAGAAGUUUUCAAAAUAGCAACAAGCUGCUGCAUGCCAUUAAACAAUUACAUGAAUUUCAACGACACAGAAGGAAUUUAUACUUACACAUUUGAAGCUGAAAGAAAGGAUGAUUGUAUGGCAUGUAGUAAGAUACCAAAAUCACUUACCUUCUCAGAGUCUGACAAACUACAAGAUAUAAUAUCUUUCCUACAAGAGAGCGCAGAAUAUCAGAUGAAAUCCCCAGGAUUGACAGCAAAUGUGGGCGGGAAGAACAAAACAUUAUAUAUGCCAACAGUUAAAUCUAUUGAAGAAAAAACAAGGGAAAACUUAAAGAAAACUCUUGGAGAUCUUGGUAUAGUAAACGGACAGGAGCUUUACGUAGCUGAUCCUACCACACCCAUGACAGUAACGUUUAAACUUAGUCUCGGCUCAAAUAUGGAAUAAAUCUUAAAAUUGUAUUGCUGACCUGUUGCAAGUUGCAGUCACGUUAUCUCUACAGUAUAAAUCAUGAAAGUAUCAAAAUCUGAUGAAUGAGAAGAACCCUUGAAUUCUACUUAAUAUGAACAUGCUUGUAAAGGAAUUGAUAAUCUGUUCAGUGAGAUCACAGGGGUGUCGGUGGCCUGAGAGUUUAUGGUCAUUUACUUUAUAACACUUGCCCCACACUGCUGUGGGUUUGAAUCCUGCUUUGUGUUUCCGAUUCAUACAUGUGAGGAAGGUUAUAGCUAAUGGAAGGGUUCUCACUAGGACU